GACUACUGCAGCCCAACCCCAGCCCAGAGGACACAGGAACAGAGACAGACAACAGCCCAGUGCCAGGGGACAAGGGGAGACUACAACAGCUCAGCACAAGGGACAGACCACAGCCCAAGAUCACAUCACCAAGAACAGAGAAAGACGACAGCCACAGACCAGGACCAGAGCACCCAGGGACAGGGAGAGACUAGUUCCAGAGAUGGCCUCGGCCGGCCUGGAGAUCCUGGGUAUGAUCCUUUGUGUGUCAGGCUGGCUAGGGGUCAUGGUAGCCUGUGGCCUGCCAAUGUGGAGAGUAGCYGCCUACAUUGGCCAGAACAUUGUSAUAUCUCAAGUGAUCUGGGAGGGCCUGUGGAUGAACUGUUCUGUCCAGAGCACGGGCCAGAUGCACUGCAAGGUCCACGACUCCAUGCUUGGACUCCCUGUGGACCUACAGGCGGCCCGAGCCCUGGUCAUCGUCUCUAUGGUGCUGUGCAUCAUGGGCAUCGGCCUGUCUGUAGCCGGGGCCAAGUGCACCAACUGCAGCUCGGACACAGGCAGCAAACCUCGCAUGUUGCUGGGAGCCGGGGUGACCUUCAUCAUGGCGGGGCUGUUGCUGCUGACGGCUGURUCGUGGACGGCUAACACCAUYGUCUUGGAUUUCUACGACCCGAUGCUGGAGGAAACGGGGAAGAGGGAGUUUGGGAACUCACUGUAUUUUGGAUGGACUGCCUCCUGUCUGCUUCUCCUAGGGGGAGCUCUACUCUGCUGCUCCUGCCCCCCGAAAGCACCCCAGGGUGGGAGCGGGGCUGGGUCUGGGCACCACAAGGUGGUGAACUACUCUGCGGUCAAGUCUCCCAUGUCUGUCAAUGGAUAUAUGAGGAGGGACUAUGUGUGAGAGAGUGUAUGUUCAAUGGCAUUAGUAUAGAGACAGCCCCUUGAGACUGAUGGGACUGAUGGGAUAACUAGUGUUAGCAACMCCCCUUUCCUGACUGCACACUAYAGGGGUAGUGCAGAACAAAUGCAGCCAUGUGGGAUAUUUGAUUCAGAUAUAAAGAAUAAACGAUUGCCGAUGAAUGCUAGAUUGUGUUUUACAUAUAUGAUUUCUGUAAAGCUAGAGACAUGCAUUUAUAGAGUCAAACAAGUGUAGAUACAGUAGGAUUAGAGAAAUAUCUUAUUCAUGUUUUACCUGUUCGAAAAUGUGUGCUAAAUUUCAAAUGAAUGUUACUCAAUGAUGAAGAUUUAGAUCAUGAAAAUGUUAAUGUUGUUUAAAAUAAUUAAAAUAACUUUCCCAUUCAA